AUGCAGAGCGCCAUGGAGCAGAGGAGUGUGCUGGUACGCAGUAAAAUCAGUGAUGCUGGCAAGAGGAAUGGCCUGAUUAACACCAGGAACUUGAUGUCAGAGAGCAGAGAUGGCCUGGUGUCCAUUUACCCAGCUCCUCAGUAUCAGAGUCGCCGGGUAGUGACUGGCACCACACCAGCUGUCCUAGGUGGCAGCAGAAAUGAGCCAGUCCAGCAGUUGUUAGACCCCAACAUCCUUCAGCAGUCAGUGGAGUCCCACUACCACCCCAACAUCAUUCUCUACUCAGAGGGUAUGCUGCGUUCCUGGGGGGAUGGCAUGGCCACUGACUGUUGUGAGACCUCCUUCAUUGAAGACUGUUCACCCACCAAAGACAGCCUGGAGUACCCCGAUGGGAAAUUCAUGGAACUCGCAGGUGACGACAUCAAAAUCCACACCCUGUCCUACGACGUGGAGGAAGAGGAGGAUUUCCAGGAAUUGGAGAGUGACUACUCAAGUGAUACAGAAAGUGAGGACAACUUCCUUAUGAUGCCUCCCAGAGACCACCUGGGCCUCAGUGUCUUCUCCAUGCUCUGCUGCUUCUGGCCCUUGGGCAUCGCUGCCUUCUACUUGUCCCAUGAGACCAACAAAGCCGUGGCCAAGGGAGACUUCCACCAUGCCAGCACCAGCUCUCGCCGAGCCCUCUUCCUGGCUGUGCUCUCCAUCACACUGGGAACUGGCAUCUAUGUGGGUGUCGCUGUAGCCCUCAUCGCCUAUCUCUCCAAGAACAACCACUUAUAA